GCUAUGCGAUCACUCAUCCACAAUGGCGGAUCUCCUAACAUAUCAGAGACGAGAAAUAAGUAUGGACCGUGUAGCGACCCUCUUCACCAGCAUUUACUCUCGUGAUAUGAUCGAGCGACAUGUGCGAGCUCUGCGACGUCUAACUCGACACGGAGGCAACGAACGAGGAUUCCUUAUCCGGGAACUCGCAGCACUAUCCCAAGUCCUCGCGGCUUGUCGGACAUUCGUCAAGCAAAAUGAUGUUUAUGUGGAGCCGCUGUGUGAUGUCAUCAGGCUGUGUGGGAGACCUUUCUUGAAGGAGAAAGCGUCUGAUGAGAGUGAACAUGGAGAGUCGGUUGUGCGUGUUAUGGAGGAGCUUGGCGGUCUAGUCGAGUGUAAUCACCCAAGUAUAAACAUUCACGUAGCCAACGCUGUCAUCGGUCUCUUCACUGCCAGAUCACAUCACAACCUGGAUGAAGACAAGCAGCCAACGUCAGUCAGGCUGAACAUCUGGGCUAUAGAAGAGAGUCACGUCACUCGGAGUCUUGUCUCUUGUUUAUCAUCGGCGGUUGACAGCGGACAGAGAUUGGAGAUACUCGAGGUUCUACAGCAGCUGUCUGUAUCAAGCGCUUGCUGUUGUGACAUGCUGCAAGCUCAAGCAGCACACACUGUCUGCACACACAUGCUAGACACCGAAUCAACAAACAAGCUGCUGUUUGUGUCUGUUGACCUGCUGUGGAACUUGAUUGCCAGUGGAUCAAAGAGCGACGUUGCCUACCAACUCGGCAAUCGGCAGUGCACAGAUGUGCUUCAAGGGGCUCUUUGUAGGCAGAUGGUGAAUGGAAAACGCAGCUUGAGUGAUAGGGAAUUGAGGAAUGACAUCUUAAUCAUCUGCUAUUUGGUCGCUGCUUACUGUCCCAACUCCUCAUUUGUUGAAUCCGGUUUUGUCCACACGCUCGUCUUAUUCUCAACAUUCACGGAAGUGAAGAGCAACCACGACCUUGUUCGAGGCCUUCGUCUCUCACAGGCAAGCGAGGACUUUGAACUCAAGAAAGUCCUAAUCAGCUUGUUAGUGACACUAAGCAGCUAUCCUGUUGCUGUCAAGGUGAUGAUGGAUGGUUAUGUGUUGCUUGCUCUCUUCUCGUUUGUCAAGCCGAAUGAUGCCGCAGGAAGUGAGUGGACGGUUGCACAGUUUGAAGAGCUACAACUGGAAGCACUGGCUGCGUUGGCUGUUCUCUGUCCGCAGGCUGUUGAAUCGUACAUGACAUGUCAGGGAAGUACGAGGCUUCUACUGCUGUUGGAAUGGUGUGCAUCGCAACAAGGUCAUUUUGUUGGUCUUGGUAAUGGUUUCCAUAGCGAUGGUGGCUAUGGCAACAGGCGUUCUCAAAUGCGUCACUGUCUUCGUGUAUUACUGAACAUGGCGUCUCUCGGUAAUGAAAUGAUUCACACAGAACUUAGUGAUCAAGGAGCUGUGCAGCAGUUGGUGCAGUUGUUGUGUUGCGAGGGCGAUGUUGUGGACUGGAAGAGCUUGGAUGAAAUCGACUUGGAAAUGAGAUGUGAUGUGAUGUUGAUAUUGUCUGCUCUGUGUGAUGGGGACAUGCAUAGAAAGGAACUGUUUGGUGAUGAAGGCGUGACCGUUCUUCUUCCGUAUUUUCGAAUGCCACCACAUCUCUUUAACUCUGGCAAGGGUCAUCAUCAGCUGAUGCUCGCAGCUGUCAUCUGCUGUUGGACGGCUGUAGUUUGGUGUUCGUUGACUGAGGAUAUUUUUCUUGAGUUGGAAGGAAUGUUUCUCUUGCUUGAUUUGAUGGAGGUGUGUCCUGGCAACAUGGAAAAUAUGCUUCUGGGGACAAUAUUGGAUCUGUGUGACAAUCCGAAGUCUCUUUCUCAUGUGACGAUGUGGAGAGGUCGAGGGGACACUACAAUCAGUAAUCUAGCGAUCAAACUAUGGCAAGCAGAAGAAGAAGCAAUACAUGCUCAGAGAGAUGAUCAUGGUCUCAUUACAGACACUUUUUUUCCGUUGGCUGGUGAUCAUCAGCGAUGCAUUGGCGUAUGCUCUGCUGGUGCAAAUGAGCCCAGCCCGGCAAUUCUUGAUGUCGUAGACAACAUGAGAGCAAAGAUUUAUGCUUUGCUUCAAAAGAUAGGGUUCAAGCAUAUCUCCGGUCUUGGACCAUCAGAAUUGAUUUCGCUGUCAGUGAUAGAGCAGUAUAUGGAGCUGAAGUUGGGAGAAGUGUGGAGAGAGAUAACUAAUGAAUUGGCAGUGGAGAAGUUUGAACCAGUGGCUAUGGACAGAGAGUUGAUGGAGCAGGUUGUAGAUUCAUUUAGUGAGCGAAUCACCACUGUCUGCACCACACAGCAGUCUCAUCUUCAAUCGGAAAAACACAUCGACACGUUAGUCGAACAGAAGCGUUACGACGAGAUGAGAGUAAGUCAACGGAUGAAAGAGAAAGCAAAACUCGACUUUCGAAACUUCAUGAAGAGAACGUCAGAUUACGAGACUCUAAAACACGCACGAAACGAGCAGAGACGAAUGAUUGAGGCGACUCGUGUGAAUGCGACAUUUAAUCAAGAAAGAAAAACACAUUUGACACAUCAGAUGAAGUUGCAGACGACGACGUUCAGUGGUCGUCAUGUGAACGUGGAGAGCACUCGUUUGUCAACUCAAAAACUCUCACCACUACAAGCAUGAUCAACCAAUACAACAGGCUACUCAAUACUUUCAUAUCUGACUACAAUGCAUUACACUACAUUACAC